CUGCGGAGCACGGGCAGCGCCUCCGGCGUGUCGGGGGCCGUGGGGGCCGAGCCCCUGCAGAACGGGAGCCGGUCCCGGCAGCAGUCCUCGUCCUCUAGGGAGAGCCCUGUCCCGAAGGUGAGGGCGAUCCAGAGGCAGCAAACGCAGCAGGUUCAGUCACCUGUGGACUCUGCCACAAUGUCACCAGUGGAAAGGACAGCUGCAUGGGUUCUCAAUAAUGGACAGUAUGAAGAAGUAGAGGAGGAUGCAGAGCAGAAUCCAGAUGAAGUCAAGCAUGCCGAGAAGUAUGAGCAAGAGAUAGCGAAGCUGAAGGAGCGGCUGAAGGUGUCGAGUCGCCGACUGGAGGAGUACGAGCGGCGGCUCCUCGUGCAGGAGCAGCAAAUGCAGAAGCUGCUGAUGGAGUACAAGUCGAGGCUGGAAGACAGUGAGGAGAGACUGCGCAGGCAGCAGGAGGAGAAGGACAGCCAGAUGAAAAGUAUCAUCAGCAGACUCAUGGCAGUUGAAGAGGAGCUGAAGAAGGAUCAUGCAGAGAUGCAAGCUGUCAUCGAUGCAAAGCAGAAAAUUAUUGAUGCGCAGGAGAAGCGGAUCGUGUCCCUGGACUCGGCCAACACGCGGCUGAUGAGUGCCCUGACGCAGGUGAAGGAGCGCUACAGCAUGCAGGUCCGCAAUGGCAUCUCCCCCACCAACCCCACCAAGCUUUCCAUCACGGAGAAUGGUGAAUUCAAAAACAGCAGCUGCUAA